GAGACCUCCCUGACAGCCACGGAGAAGGGACACUUUAUGCGCAGUUGAAGGGAUUUAUGGGGUCACAAGUUUCCUCUGAUGAGAUGAGUGUGCGUGCUGGCCAGGGCAGUGAUGAGGUGCUGGUUUCUCAGGCGGUGUGGGAUUACCUGGCUGCAGCUGGGCGGCCCUGGCUCAUUGACUUCCAGCACAAGCAGGGGAUGAGCGCUGGGAUCAUUAGGCGAGGUGAGAGGGGGGGCUGCUGUGCUGUACGGCUGCAGCCGGUGGAAGGCUUGAGGAGCGCCAGAUCCGGAGCGAUGGAUGGACCUAUCUCCAGUGAGACGCGAAAAGCCUUCAUAGACUUAUGCCGAUGUGCACGCAAAGAAAUGAGCAAACAGGAAGGGGGCCCCAAGAGGAAGAGGGUCCUGCUGCCUUGUGUUGGGGCCCUGGACCAGAAUGUAGAGGGGAGCAUGCUCCAGCCUCCACCUCCCCAACCCCGGCGCUCCCAGAGACAGCAGCAGAGGUUCAGGAAGCCUGCUGAUGAGGAGGCGUGUGCUGCCCUCCACGAGGCAGCCCAGAAGAAGGACCUGGACUCUGGCAUGACCUCCCAUAGUGAAUCAGAGGACAGUAACACUUGUUCCAUUUGCAUGGGGGAGAUCGUGGAGAAGACCAUUCUUGAGAAAUGUGGCCAUUGGUUCUGCCAUUCUUGCCUGGAUCAAGCCUUUAAGGUGAAGAAAGCGUGUCCAGUGUGUCGACUUGUGUAUGGUCAGCUAGUUGGGAACCAGCCCGCCAAUGGUUCAAUGAUUGUAGAGCGAGAUCCUGAUCUGGGACUUCCUGGCCAUGAAGGCUAUGGGUGUAUCUGCAUCAUCUACAGCUUCCCUCCUGGAUUACAGACACUAGAACAUCCCAACCCUGGUGUUCGAUACCCAGGAACAGACCGUGUGGCCUACCUCCCUGACAGCCCUGAGGGGAAUCACGUGCUGGGGCUGCUGCGCCAGGCCUUCGAACAGCGCCUUAUCUUCACCAUCGGUACCUCCAUGACUACAGGCCUGCAAAACGUCAUCACCUGGAACGACAUUCAUCACAAGACCUCAAUAUUUGGCGGGCCGCGUUGCUUUGGUUACCCAGACCCCACGUAUUUGGUGCGAGUGACUGAGGAGCUCAGAGAGAAAGGCAUCACAGCAGACUGACCAAAAAAAAAAAAAAAGGCAGAUUCUUCCGGGACUAUUGGACUUUCUUUGUCUUCAGCUUCAGGUUUU